AUGGCCCAGCCCCUCAGAAUCAAGCUCGCCAUCGCCCAGUACGAACACUGGGCCCUCGCCGCCGUCGUCCCAGGCGCGGACCCGGCGCAGAUCUUCGAGAUGAAAGGCGACUCUACCCGCUUCGUGUACCACACCCGCCUCGCCUCGAUGAUCGCGUGCAGGUGGUUGAGCGGCGGGUACGAGAUUGGGGAGGUGCUCGGGCCCGCGCGACUGGACAGCACGAAUAUGGGCUGGCUGAACGAGUUCCUGCCGGAGGUCGAGAUCGUACACACGACGAACGGGUCGUGGAACUGCCAGGACUGGGUGCUCGACGCGGUGAGGGCGUUGCGUGAGGCGUCGGAACGGGUUAGAAUCACGGCGAGCUUGGAGGUUGGGAAGAUUAAAGAGGGUUUGGAGAGUGAGUUUCAGUGGUGGGACCUCGGGGGUGAUAAUUACUUCGAAAGGCUGUUCAACGCGCGUUAG